CCCGGCGCGAUGGACAAGCUGCCGCCGUCCAUGCGCAAGCGGCUCUACAGCCUCCCGCAGCAGGUGGGGGCCACGGCGCGCAUCAUGGACGAGGACGAGGACGCGGAGGAGGAGGGGGCUGGCGGCCGCCGCGACCCCGGCCGCAGGAGCAUCCGGCUGCGGCCGCUGCCCUCGCCCUCGCCUUCGGCGGCCGCGGGCGGCACGGAGCCCAGGGGCGCGGCCCUCGGGGCGGCGGACGGCGAAGGGCCGGCCCGAGGCGCGGGCAAGUCCAGUACUAACGGCGACUGCAGGCGCUUCCGCGGGAGCCUGGCCUCGCUGGGCAGCAGGGGCGGCGGCGGCGGCGCCGGGAGCGGCGGCAGCCACGGGCACCUGCAUGACUCCGCGGAGGAGCGGCGGCUCAUCGCCGAGGGCGACGCGUCCCCCGGCGAGGACAGGGCGCCCCCAGGCCUGGCGGCGGAGCCUGAGCGUCCCGGCGCCGCGGCGCAGCCCGCAGCCUCGCCGCCGCCCCAGCGGGCGCCGCAGCCGGCCUCCUCCCCCAGCGAGCAGCCCGCGGCGGACACCGCUAUUAAAGUGGAGGGAGGCACGGCCUCCGGCGACCAGAUACUCCCCGAGGCCGAGGUGCGCCUGGGCCAGUCUGGCUUCAUGCAGCGCCAGUUUGGGGCUAUGCUGCAGCCCGGGGUCAACAAAUUCUCCCUGAGGAUGUUCGGCAGCCAGAAAGCAGUGGAGCGCGAGCAGGAGAGGGUUAAGUCGGCCGGGUUUUGGAUUAUCCACCCCUACAGCGACUUCAGAUUUUACUGGGACCUGACCAUGCUGCUGCUGAUGGUGGGAAACCUGAUCAUCAUUCCCGUGGGCAUCACCUUCUUCAAGGAUGAGAAUACCACACCCUGGAUCGUCUUCAAUGUGGUGUCAGACACGUUCUUCCUCAUCGACCUGGUCCUCAACUUCCGCACAGGGAUUGUGGUGGAGGACAACACAGAGAUCAUCUUGGACCCACAGCGGAUUAAGAUGAAGUACCUCAAAAGCUGGUUUGUGGUGGAUUUCAUCUCCUCCAUCCCCGUGGACUACAUCUUCCUCAUCGUAGAGACGCGCAUUGACUCAGAGGUCUACAAGACUGCCCGGGCCCUGCGCAUUGUCCGCUUCACCAAGAUCCUCAGCCUUCUGCGCCUCCUGCGUCUCUCUCGCCUCAUUCGAUAUAUUCACCAGUGGGAAGAGAUCUUCCACAUGACCUAUGACCUGGCCAGUGCUGUGGUGCGCAUAGUGAACCUCAUCGGCAUGAUGCUGCUGCUGUGCCACUGGGACGGCUGCCUGCAGUUCUUGGUGCCCAUGCUGCAGGACUUCCCUGACGACUGCUGGGUGUCCAUCAACAACAUGGUGAACAACUCCUGGGGAAAGCAGUACUCCUACGCCCUCUUCAAGGCCAUGAGCCACAUGCUGUGCAUCGGCUACGGACGGCAGGCGCCCGUGGGCAUGUCAGAUGUCUGGCUCACCAUGCUCAGCAUGAUUGUGGGGGCCACCUGCUAUGCCAUGUUCAUCGGCCACGCCACCGCCCUCAUCCAGUCCCUGGACUCCUCCCGGCGCCAAUACCAGGAAAAGUACAAGCAGGUGGAGCAGUACAUGUCCUUCCACAAGCUUCCACCCGACACCCGGCAGCGCAUCCACGACUAUUAUGAGCACCGCUACCAGGGCAAGAUGUUCGACGAGGAGAGCAUUCUGGGGGAGCUGAGUGAGCCGCUGCGGGAGGAGAUCAUCAACUUUAACUGCCGGAAGCUGGUGGCCUCUAUGCCGCUGUUUGCCAAUGCCGACCCCAACUUUGUGACGUCUAUGCUGACCAAGCUGCGCUUCGAGGUCUUCCAGCCGGGGGACUACAUCAUCCGUGAAGGCACCAUCGGCAAGAAAAUGUACUUCAUCCAGCACGGUGUGGUCAGCGUGCUCACCAAGGGCAACAAGGAGACCAAGCUGGCAGAUGGCUCCUAUUUUGGAGAGAUCUGCCUGCUGACCCGGGGUCGGCGCACAGCCAGCGUGAGGGCCGACACCUACUGCCGUCUCUACUCGCUGAGCGUGGACAACUUCAACGAGGUGCUGGAGGAGUACCCGAUGAUGCGGCGGGCCUUCGAGACCGUGGCGCUGGACCGCCUGGACCGCAUCGGCAAGAAGAACUCCAUCCUCCUGCACAAAGUCCAGCACGACCUCAACUCGGGCGUCUUCAACUGCCAGGAGAGCGAGAUCAUCGAGCAGAUCGUGCGGCACGACCGCGAGAUGGCCCACUGCGCCCACCGCGCGCAGGCCGCCGCCUCUGCCACCCCGACCCCGGCCCCGACGCCCGUCAUCUGGACGCCGCUGAUCCGCGCGCCGCUGCAGGCCGCCGCCGCCACCACGUCCGUGGCCAUCGCCCUCACCCACCACCCGCGCCUGCCCGCGGCCGUCUUCCGCCCCACCCCGGGGCCCGGGCCGGGCAGCCUGGGGGCCGGGCAGACGCCCAGGCACCCGAGGCGGCUCCAGUCCCUGGUCCCUUCGGCGGGGGGCCCCGCCUCGCCCGCCAGCAGCCCGUCCCAGCUGGACACGCCGUCCUCCUGCUUCCACGUCCAGCAGCUGGCCGGCUUCUCCGUGCCCGCCGGCCUGAGCCCCCUGCUGCCCUCGUCCGGCUCCUCCCCGGCCCCCACGCCGUCUGCCACUGCGGCCGCCACCCCAGCCGGGUUCGGCCUCUUCCACAGGGCGCUGGGUGGCUCCCUGUCCUCGUCCGACUCGCCCCUGCUCACCCCGCUGCAGCCCGGGGCCCGCUCCCCGCAGGCUAACCAGCCCCCGCCCCCGCCGCCCGGGGUCCGCGGCGGCCCGGGACCCCUGGAGCACUUCCUGCCGCCCCCGCCCUCGUCCAGGUCUCCGUCGUCCAGCCCAGGGCAGCUGGGCCAGCCUCCCGGGGAGGUGUCUCCGGGUCUGGCCGCGGGCCCUGCAAGUACCCCAGAGACACCCCCGCGGCAGCCCGAGCGGCCGUCCUUCGUGACAGGGACCUCUGUGGGGGCUUCUCCUACAGCCUUCACUCCCCGAGGCGGUCUCAGCCCCCCUGGCCACAGCCCAGGGCCCCCAAGAACUUUCCCAAGUGCCCCACCCCAGGCCUCUGGCUCCCACGGUUCCCUGCUCCUGCCACCUGUGUCCAGCCCGCCCCCACCCCAGGUACCCCAGCGCCGGGGCACGCCACCCCUCACCCCAGGCCGCCUCACCCAGGACCUCAAGCCCAUCUCAGCCUCUCAGCCAGCCCUGCCCCAGGACGGGGCGCAGACUCUCCGCAGAGCCUCCCCGCACUCCUCUGGGGAGUCCGUGGCUGCCUUCCCGCUCUUCCCCAGAGUCGGGGUGGGCAGCGGGGGCCUCGGUCCUCCUGGGAGGCCCUAUGGUGCCAUCCCUGGCCAGCACGUCACUCUGCCUCGGAAGACAUCCUCAGGUUCUUUGCCACCCCCUCUUUCUUUGUUUGGGGCAAGAGCCACCUCUUCUGGGGCCCCCCCUGUGACUGCUGCUCCCCAGAGGGAAGGGGGGGCCCGGUCUGAGCCAGCGCGCUCCAAACUGCCGUCCAAUCUGUGAGCUGGAGCCCCUCCCUCUCCUCUCUCUUUUCCCCCCUUUCCUCUUUCUUCCUUCAGGUUUAACUGUGAUUAGGAGAUAUACCAAUAACAAUAAUAAUUAUCAUUAAAAAAAAAAACCACACCAGAAAAACAAAAGACAGCAGAAAAUAACCAGGUAUUCUUAGAGCUAUAGAUUUUUGGUCACUUGCUUUUAUAGACUAUUUUAAUACUCAGCACUAGAGGGGUGGGGGUGGGGAGAGCAGGCAGGACCCAAAUGCAAAAAUCACAGGAGAGAAGGUGGGUCUGUGGGGCUUGGCAGGGGUGGGGUGACCCAUGUUUGGGGUUCCCAGAGCAGACCUGUUAUUGUACUUGUUUUAGGGCAACAGUCACCACCAGCCCCUUAGCUGUGAACUUGGAGCCCCGCUCUGCUGGGAUUCCCCUUGUUCCCUCCUGAAGGGGCUGCCCUUGGGUGUGUUCCCAGGGAGUGUCACUCGCCUGAACCCUUGGGACAAAACAGGGCCAGGGCCCUGAGAGUCUUGCAUUUUUUCUACUGCAAACUUAGUAAGAUAUGUAUAUGAAUAUGUAUAUGUAUAUGUAUGUGAGAUGUGUAUAUGUAUAGCUGUGUAGCCCUCUGUAGAGCCAUGUAGACAGCCACUCACAUCUGUGCAAUCCGGUUUAA